AUGGCCUCGAUUGUGCGACCUUCCCUGCUGCGGCAGACUGCGCUGGCGGCGAAGCCUGCGUUCCGGAACAGCGCCCUGAGGGCCUCUGCUUUCCACACGUCGACUCGGCGCUCUGCUUUCCUGUCCCCCGGACCUCAGCGAAUUGAGGGCACAGUCAACGAUCCUGCCCCGAUCCCGCCCCCCAGCGCCGCCCACGGCUCGUACCACUGGACCUUUGAGCGCCUCCUCGCCGCGGGCCUCGUGCCUCUCACCGUCGCGCCCUUCGCCGCCGGCUCCCUCAACCCCACCACCGACGCCAUCCUGUGCUCCGCCGUCCUGCUGCACUCCCACAUCGGCUUCCAGUCCGUCAUCAUCGACUACAUCCCCCAGAAGUCUCACCCGGGCCUGCGGAAGCUCUUCAUGUGGGGCCUGAACCUCGCGACGCUCACCGUCGGCGUGGGCUUGUACGAGUUUGAGACGAACGACGUUGGUGUUACUGAGGCGGUUAAGAAGCUCUGGAAGGCAUGA